CCGCGCUGCAGAGAGUCCCUGGAGGACUUCCGGAUUGCGCGUCUGAUCUAGGCGCCCCGUGGAGGCCUUCGGGAAUCGCAGUCCUGAGCGCGCAGGUCUCCGGGAGCUGUAGUCCGUCCCUCCUGCCCAGUCAGCGUGGUACCACCGGGCCGCUGCCCAAGGAAUGCGAAAGCGGCCGGUCCCAGCGAGCAGAGAGGCCGAAGGGGUGAGAGCCGGGCGAGCAGGAGCCGAAGAGGGCAUGUCUCAGGCCCCGGGAGCGCGGCCGAGCCCACCCUCAGUGUACCACGAGAGGCAGCGGCUAGAGCUGUGCGCCGUCCACGCUCUCAACAACGUCCUCCAGCAGCAGCUCUUUAGCCAGGAGGCUGCAGACGAAAUUUGCAAGAGGCUAGCCCCAGACUCCCGGCUGAACCCCCAUCGCAGCCUCCUGGGCACCGGCAACUAUGAUGUCAACGUGAUCAUGGCUGCCCUGCAGGGCCUAGGCCUGGCCGCUGUGUGGUGGGACAGGAGAAGACCGCUGGCCCAGCUGGCCCUGCCCCAGGUGCUAGGCCUGAUCCUGAACCUGCCCUCUCCUGUGUCACUGGGGCUGCUGUCCCUGCCACUGCGCCGCCGGCACUGGGUGGCCCUGCGCCAGGUGGACGGUGUCUACUAUAACCUGGAUUCAAAGCUCCGGGCACCUGAAGCUCUGGGGGACGAGGAUGGUGUCAGGGCCUUCCUGGCAGCUGCCCUGGCCCAAGGCCUGUGUGAGGUGCUAUUGGUGGUGACCAAGGAGGUGGAGGAAACCGGCUGCUGGCUACAUACAAGCUGACCCACUGCCUGUCAACAGUUGCCUGCUGCCAUAGCCCUGAGUAUCCAGUGCCUGCAACUCCGGGGCCCGGGAGGCCUGCACCCUGCCCUAGGGUCCCCACUCCCCCCAACCCCUGCUGCCUCAAUAAAUCUGCUCUUUUGCUAUCUGUGCCUGA